AUGCCGUCCCCCUGGCCGGGGGUGGGGCGUGGGGGGGCGAGUGGAGAGGGCACCUUGGCCAUCAAUCACCCAGGGAGGGGUUGGGACCCACGCCCCACGGAUCAGCUCAACAGGCAGGAGGAACCAGGGGGGAACAGGGGCCAAGGCCACAUGAAAGGCAUCGAGUGUCACCCCUCAGCAUGGGGGGGUGAGGGGGCCAGGGCCACGCGUGAGUCAGCAUUCGUUCAUGCCAUUGCCUCAGCGGGGGUGGCGUUCGCGGUGACGCGGUCCUGCGCGGAGGGCUCGGCCACCAUCUGUGGUUGUGACACACGCCACAAGGGCCCGCCUGGCGAGGGCUGGAAGUGGGGUGGCUGCAGCGAGGACGUGGAUUUCGGCAGCAUGGUGUCCCGGGAGUUUGCAGACGCCCGUGAGAACCGCCCCGAUGCUCGCUCUGCCAUGAACCGCCAAAACAACGAGGCGGGACGAACAUCUCUGAACGACAACAUGUUCCUGAAGUGUAAGUGCCACGGCUUGUCAGGCAGCUGUGAGGUGAAGACGUGCUGGUGGUCCCAGCCUGACUUCAGAGUUAUCGGAGACUACAUGAAGGACAAGUACGACAGCGCUUCAGAGAUGGUGGUGGAGAAGCACAAGGAGUCCCGUGGCUGGGUGGAGACUUUGAGACCCAAGUUCACCUUCUUCAAACUGCCCACAGAGCGAGACCUGGUCUACUACGAGAGCUCGCCCAACUUCUGCGAGCCCAACCUGGAGACAGGCUCUUUCGGGACGCGCGACCGCGCCUGUAACCUGACGUCGCACGGCAUCGACGGUUGCGACCUGCUGUGCUGCGGCCGGGGACACAACACCCGGACGGAGAAACGGAAGGAGAAGUGUCACUGUAUCUUCCACUGGUGCUGCUAUGUCAGCUGCCAAGAGUGUGUUAGAGUCUACGAUGUUCACACCUGCAAAUAGAUAGGCCUUUGGCAUUGCUCUUUCUGCACCUCACCAAAAUUAUUUUAAAAACACUUCAACGUAUAAAAAUAGAAGCUAAUGUAAGAGCCAGGCUCAGAGACCUUGAGAGGCUUUGAUUGGACUUUGAUCAAGCAUUAGUUUACUUGUCUGUGGAUUCAGCUACAGUACAAUCACCUAAUAGGAAACCAAGAUGGCCGCCUGUCAUGUGAUGCUGUGGAGUCAGCCUCUCUUAGAAUUAUGAGGUAGUUCUAGAAUACAGAGGUGGACUCAUGGAGGCUCCAUUCAGAAGAACAACAUGGUUAUGUUGAUGAUGAUGUUGAUGACUACCAUCUCAUCGAUAGAGGCAAAAGAGGAGACCAUUACAGAGUGGACUGAGAGUAGCCAAGGAGUGACUUCCAGUGAC